AUGGAAUCGCCGGCCGAUUAUAUGGAUUCUCCCAUGGAUGGUGAUGAUGUGGCAUAUCCGUGCAAAGGGUGUGGAGAGGUUCUGGAGGAAGGCAAGGCCUUCGAGCUUGCCGGCAACCGAUGGCAUCUGAAUUGCUUCCGCUGCAACACCUGCGAGACGCUUCUCGACUCGGACGCGAACCUCCUCCUCCUCGGCGACGGCUCGCUGAUAUGCAACAAUUGUACCUACAGCUGCAAUGCGUGUGGGAAUAAGAUCGAGGACUUGGCUAUCCUCACGGGCGACCAAGCAUUCUGCGCGACCUGCUUCCGCUGCCGGAACUGCAAACGCAAGAUCGAGAACCUACGAUAUGCCCGAACCUCCCAAGGCAUUUUUUGCAUGAGCUGCCACGAAUCAUUAAUGGCGCGAAGAAGGAAGAAAUCGAGAGCCGCGGCGAAUGCCAAGAAAAAAGAAGAUCAGUCUCCGAUGCUGGUGGACAAAUCUCUCCCGGCCCUCCCCUCCAAUGCUGUUUUGCAGAACAACUUCCCACCCGAUCGAGAAACGCCGAGUUCUCUCGACACAGACGCGCCGACUGAGCUCUCUCCCAGGCCUCGCCAAACUUACCAGAACGACUCCUCUUCAAGAAGUAGCUCCCGACGACCUCGCGAUCACUCACCGGAACGCACACCGAGCGAGGGCCCCCACAAGGAUGGCCUUACUCUGCCGACGACCACUUACCGCAACAAUCGGCAUUCUGCCAUCUCUCAGGCUUCGGAUGCCAAUAACGGCGACGGGGAGAGCUUCUUUAUACCACUCGCGCUCGACCCAAGCCCCGCGCCAGCCAUCACCCCACGGUCCACCUCAGACACCUUGACAGACCCACCAAGGAGAACCAGGGAGGGUAAGGCCGGCGACAAAGAUUAUUUCAGUGUUAACAAAAGCAACGGGCGGUCUCAACAUGAGGCCCAGAAAACCGCGGAUGUAAAUUCUUCUUCCUCAACACCCCAUAUCGCCUUUCAGGACAAAGGCCGCCAGCCUUCUGCAGAUGAAACAUCACAGAUCAAAGAGAGCAUACGCAAAGCCCAGGCAGGAGGCAAGGUGUCUGCGAGGAACUCUCCUGCCAUUGGAAGUGACGAUGUCCGGGUACAGCAUGCCAACUCUUCCAAGAGCUCAAGUUCGAGCAGCAAGAACCCAUCGUCCAGCGAGAAAUUUAGAUUGGGCGAAGUACCGAAGAACAAGAAGACUGGCACCCCCAGAAGGGGCUCGCAGCCAGACACCGAAGAUAUGUCCCCAGUCUCUACAUCUAGUGGUGCUCAGCCUGCCUUACCACCGCGCAAGGAUUCGACGAUGAGUAUCCCCAAGACAGAGUCACCCCAUGUCCACCUCGGCACUGAGAGAGGUGGAACCCCUCGUUCGUCGCAAGAGUCUAGAACAAGAGAUGAUAUAGGUUCAAGACCAUCCAUGGACUCGAAUGCUUCAUCUAUUCCUGCCUCAAGAUCUAUCCCCCGUAAAGAUCUCCCUCAAGGCAUUGUGAAGAACGUUGUGAGUACUAUGGGCUCUUCUUCUGGAGCGGAAACAUCACCAUCAACGGAUUCCUCGUCAGAUACUCCUGGUCACACCCCUACUCUCAAUGGAAAGGCCAUAUCCGGACCUACGCUGUUGCAGUCUCCCAUGGAAGAGGAUCUCGAAAUCCCAAGCCGUGCGCCUGCUCGUCCAGCUGGCCCAGCGCCAAAACUCAGCGACACCUACAUGGCCCCCAGAGCUCCUCCAGCGCCCCCGGCAGGAAUGCCGCAUACACCAAAGGAUUCCUUAAAUGGUGCACCACCCUCUCCCAAGUUACCCCGGUGGAGUGCCGGUGGGGAUUUCACCAUGGAUGAGGAUAUGGCUCGGAUCUUGGGGGGGACCGAUGAGGGCUCACAGUCGAUACUUCGCCGUGUAUCAAAUGCUGUGCGCCAUGGAAGAAAUGCCAGUGAGGCAAGCAGCGCUGGUCGUCACGUAGGUCACGGUCGCAGCGUUAGCGAGACAACGGCCCGGACAGUAGCAUCGCCACGAUGGCCGAAAACACCCAUUAUGGAAGGCGUAAAUACCAAAGAUAUUAGCAGCCCUAUUUCGAUUUCCUCCCCUACGCCGGGUGAUGAUCCUGCACUACUACGCAGGCAGCUCCGCAAUUCUGAGCAAAGAGUUGCUGAGCUGGAGCGACAGUUUGCCAGUGAAAAGGAUCUCAAGCAGUUGAAUAGGAAGCUGGUUGAGAAGAGAAAGACCGUCUCGGUACUGGAUUCGCAAACCGAAAUUAUGAUCCGACAAUUGGAGGUUCUGGCCGGUUAUGUGGAGAAGGCCAAAGAUUCUAAGCAACCUAUCGACAUUGCGGAGUUAGAAGAGUCAUCCAUCAAAGACUUUGUCCAGAAAUUAGAGCGGCUCAAGCAAACCAUGUCUGGGGCCGUGGAGGCUCUCUACGAAGAGCGCAACGAGCUUCUUGAGGAGAAGAAUCAGAUCGUGGCAGAUCGCGACAGAGCUCUGGUGGAGUUUGAGCAGCUGUCCUCUAAGAACGCACAGCUUGCUGACAUGAACAACGAUCUAACACACCAAAUUCAAGAACGAUUCAAGGCUCAAAGUGGACACAUGGAGAGUCCGCGGCCGCCAAUGAAUGGACUAGGAAUUUAUACACACCACAGCAAGGACAAGUCCACUAUAUCUAUAGAUGAUGCAAGCCUUCGGCCAUUGACCGGCACCACUGUGUUUAGCUCUGUCAAUGCCUAUCCACAAGCAAUGGAUCAUGAUCCUAAUAUGGAACCGGCCACCGUCCUGUCGGCUCCACAUGUUGUGAACAUUCGGAAGGGCCAGGCAAAGAAGUUCAACUGGAAGAGAGGUGGACAGACUGUGGCGAAGGGCGUCUCCAAGGGCUUCAAGGGUGCUUUUGGCUCGGUGCAACCUACCAACCAGCAGUGGCAAGGCCAGACUGGUGAUAGUAUUGGGAUGCCGUACAACAUGACAGUCACACCUCUAGACUCGGCUGGGGGCAUGUCAUCCGGUAGUCUUCCACGAACAGCCACUAACGACCCGUCGAGACAAGGAUUUGGGCUAUUCAAGAAAGGGAGCGCUAUGCCAAAAUCCAUGUCAAAUGGCAACAUUGCAGCUGCAGAAGCCCCCUCAACUCUAUUUGGAUCUGACCUCGUCGAAAGAGCCGAGUAUGAACGUCGCCAGAUCCCAAGCGUGGUCACCCGAUGCAUUGAAGAGGUUGAGCUUCGAGGAAUGGAUAUUGAAGGUAUCUACAGGAAGACCGGUGGAAGUGGGCAAGUCAAGAUGAUUCAAGAGGGAUUUGACAGAAUGGAGGAUUUCGAUAUAUCCGAUCCUGGACUGGAUAUCACUGCUGUGACCAGUGUUCUCAAGCAAUACUUCCGCAGGCUACCCACACCUCUCUUGACUUUUGACGUCUAUGAUCGCGUUCUAGAAUCAGCCUCUAUCGAGGAUGACAAAGAGCGUUGUUCUCAUCUUUGGAAGACAUUCAAUAGCCUUCCUCCCAAACAUCGGGACUGCCUUGAAUUCCUGAUAUUCCAUCUUGCUCGUGUGGCUGUCAGAGAAAGUGAGAACUUGAUGACUCCCAAGAAUCUUGCUGUUGUAUUCGCGCCUACAAUCAUGCGCGAUCACAGUCUGGAGCGUGAAAUGACAGACAUGCACGCAAAGAACAACGCCGUACAAUUCAUUAUCGAGAACAGCCACGAAAUCUUCGGCAACGCCUAA